GUUAUCGGGAGUAGCCGCGGAGGCUCCGCCCCUCGCCCCCGCACGCGCGGUAUAUAAGGUGCGCGCCCCGGCCAGGACUUCAGUCACCAACGCAGCUCACAGCCAGGCGCUCGUCGGAACUACUGAAAAACUUUACGUCGAGUUUUCACGAUGCGAUACUGCGUGGCCGCCCUGUGGCUGUCGGCGCUCACCACGCUGGUGGUGGCCGCCGCUGAUGACGCCCAUCACGAUGUGGCACCUGCACAGAACGACAACGAAAUAGAAUUAACGGAAGAGGAGAAACGCGCGUGGUCGAGCCUGCACGGCGGCGGCGGGUGGGGCAAGCGCGGCUGGCAGGACAUGAGCUCCGCGUGGGGCAAGCGCGGGUGGAACGACAUGAGCUCGGCCUGGGGCAAGCGCGGCUGGAACGACAUGAGUUCCGCGUGGGGCAAGCGCGCCUGGCAAGACCUCAACUCCGCCUGGGGCAAGCGGGGCUGGCAGGACCUUAACUCUGCGUGGGGCAAGCGCGCCUGGAGGGACAUGUCCCAGUCCCCUUGGGGCAAGCGCGGCUGGCAAGACAUGAGCUCGGCGUGGGGCAAGCGAGGCUGGAACGACAUGAGCUCUGCUUGGGGCAAACGUGGCUGGAAUGACAUGAGCUCCGCCUGGGGCAAGCGUGGCUGGAACGAUAUGAGCUCUGCCUGGGGAAAGCGAGGACCUGAAAAGUGGGCUAACUUCCACGGCUCGUGGGGCAAGCGCUCUGAGGAACCCGACUACGAGGAGAUCGACGCCGCCAUCGAACAACUGAUCCCCAUCCAGCAGCUGAGUGAGAGCGAGCGCAUGGACACGCCCGAGAAGAAGGCCUGGUCGGCGUUACACGGUGCGUGGGGCAAGCGCCCCGUCAAGCAGGCGCAGUACAACAGUGGAUCGUAUUACUGGAAGCGAGAGCCCGCAUGGACUAACUUAAGAGGAAUGUGGGGCAAGCGCUCAGGGCAGGUGGACGCGGACGCGGUAGACGACGACCAUGAGAGCAGUGCGCGGGACGAGGCCUAGACUACCGGAGACUGUGUAUUAUAUUAUAUACUUAACUAAAUAAAUCUAAAUAUUGUAUAACAACUGUCAUAUCUUAGGUACAACUGUCUGUCUGUCCGACCACUAUGUGUAGCGAGUCUUCAUGUACCAAAGCUUGUUCUCUCUACUAGCUGGAUGUUAUCAGAUGACGACAAACCGAAUUGUAGGUAUCACAGUUUACAUCGUGAUGACGUGAAAAAUAUUAUUUUCCUCAAAGUCGCUAACUAACCUACAAACUCUGGUAAUUUUAUUUUAUUUUCUCCGCAAUGACAAAACAUAAAAUAAUAUUUUUCACCAUCAUUACAAUGAUAGCCUGAGAUACAAUUCAGUUUGCGCGCCAUCAUGUUUGACAGCUAAUAGUUUUAAUUUGUAAGGCCACAGAGUAUUAAAGUUGUAAUUCGUUUCACUCCCAACCAGUGAAGCGCAUUACCGUUGGCGGUCGAGUUCCUAUUGCUUUGUACGUUCCGUUUCACACAAUCCUUACUUCUGAUAGUUAUGAGAGUAGGGUAUUUGUUUUAUAUACGUUCAACUGAGUUAUGCAAUUAUCUGAAUUUGUUAUGUUUAGAGUUAUUUAGCUGCUAGAACCCGCGCUCCGCUUUCAAAAUUGUAAUACUCGUACAAAAUAUAGUUGAUACUAUGUCACCUUCUAGUGUAAACAAGAUUUUUAUCAAAUAUAAUAUACUUAUAUUAAGACAUAGCGUUUAUUUUUACGACAUUUGAUAUUAAGUGUGUUAGGGAGGCGCCGCGCGACACCGCGUCGUACCGCGUCGCACCGCGUCGCGCGUCUCGCGGGACAUCAUGAUACUGUAUGUACUGCUAGUUAGUUAAUUAAUUGUAUUUUACUAGUCAAGUUGAUGUACAUUGUACUAUACGGCUUCGCGAGAAGUUCACGUUUGUCCAAUAAAAGUUUAUUCGG